CCGCCGGCCCGCGUGACUCGCUUCCGGGCCGCGCGGGUCAGGUGACGAGCGCGGGUCACAUGACGGCGGUUCCUGGAGCCGGAAGUGGGAGCGCAGCGGCCGCCGCCCGGUGGUGAUGACAUGGCCUCUGCGAGCUCCAGCAGGGCCAGGGCAGGGCUGCCCGGCGAGAAGUCCCAGCUCUCCGUGAAAGUUGUGUCCGUGAAGCCCAAGGCGCCCAGCCGCCAGUCGCGGAUGAACUGCUACGUGGAGGUGGCGGGCGAUGGACUUCCCGGUGAGACCAAGAAGACAGGGAAGCAGAUCGGGAGCUCUGAGGUGCUGUGGAACGAGAUCCUCGUCCUAAACGUCACGGCUCAGAGUCACCUGGACCUGAAGGUGUGGAGCUGCCAUACUCUGAGGAACGAGCUGCUGGGCACCGCCUCCGUCAGCCUCUGGAACCUGCUGAAGAACGGCGGGAAACUGGAGAACAGGCAGCUGACCCUGAACCUGCAAACUGAGAACAAAGGCAGUGUUGUCUCCGGCGGAGAGCUGACGAUUUUCCUGGACGGGCCCGCUGUUGAUCUGGGAAGCCUGCCUAAUGGCAGUGCCGUGACAGAGGGUGAGUGCCGCCCAUCUCCGCAUGCAUGCAGCGGCUCUGAGCACGAGGCGGUGAGCACCGGCGGGGAGAGGAGUGGGGCUGAGAUCACAGCCCUAAGGACCUCUGAGCAAACAUCCGAGUGCCAGCAGCCACCUCCUCUCCCAGGGCCUCAGGUACCUGGACGGGAACCCAUCAGCAUGGCUGCAGCCACAGAGAGCAGACACCAGCCUCCCAGCACGAACUGCUUUGGAAGCAGAUCAAGGACACACCGGCAUUCGGCUGGAGCGGCCAGACAAAACACGGGGAGCGGAGAGCAAAGUCCUAGCACCAGGAACCGGCACCGGCUGCAGGCCAAGAGUCAGAACCACGCUGGCAUGACAAACGGCACAGUGAACGGCACAGCGAACGGAGACUCGGCGGGUGCCGCAGACGUCGAAGAGGAAAGGCCGGCAGCGGGAGCGACCUCGCCCACGACGGAAGCAAGCGUGGCUGACGGCACCGUCACUCCUGCUCUUCCCGCUUCAUCAGCCUCUGGGGAGACGGAGGAGGCAGCUUCUGGCUCGGGUGCCCCCCAGCCCCGGGCGGCGGUGCUGGCCCUGGAUGCUCUUCCCCCUGGGUGGGAACAGCGAGAGCUGCCUAAUGGUAGAGUCUACUAUGUAGACCAUAACAACAAGACAACCACCUGGGAGAGACCUCUUCCUCCAGGGUGGGAGAAGCGCGUGGAUCCUCGAGGAAGGUAUUACUAUGUCGACCACAACACCAGGACCACCACGUGGCAGCGCCCGACAGCCGAGUACGUGAGGAACUACGAGCAAUGGCAGUCCCAGCGAAACCAGCUCCAAGGAGCCAUGCAGCAGUUUAGCCAAAGAUUCCUGUACCAGUCAUCCGGCGCCCCGUCUGACAAUGAUCCUCUCGGUCCCCUUCCUCCCGGCUGGGAGAAGAGACAGGACAAUGGGCGAGUGUAUUACGUGAACCACAACACGCGGACCACGCAGUGGGAAGACCCUCGCACGCAGGGGAUGAUCCAGGAGCCGCCCUUGCCGCCGGGCUGGGAGAUGAAGUACACGAAUGAGGGCGUGCGCUACUUCGUGGACCACAACACGCGCACCACCACCUUCAAAGACCCGCGUCCCGGAUUCGAGUCCGGGACUAAGCAAGGCGGUUCCCCUGGGGCGUACGACCGGAGCUUCCGCUGGAAGUACCACCAGUUCCGCUUCCUCUGCCACUCAAACGCGCUGCCCAGCCACGUGAAGAUCAGCGUUUCCCGGCAGACGCUCUUCGAGGACUCCUUCCAGCAGAUCAUGAACAUGAAGCCGUACGACCUGCGGCGCCGCCUGUACAUCAUCAUGCGAGGAGAGGAAGGCCUGGACUACGGCGGCAUUGCCAGGGAGUGGUUCUUCCUCCUGUCCCACGAGGUGCUCAACCCCAUGUACUGCCUCUUCGAAUACGCCGGCAAGAACAACUACUGCCUGCAGAUCAACCCCGCCUCCUCCAUCAACCCCGACCACCUCACCUACUUCCGCUUCAUCGGCCGCUUCAUCGCCAUGGCUCUGUACCAUGGGAAGUUCAUCGACACGGGCUUCACGCUGCCCUUCUACAAGCGGAUGCUGAACAAGCGGCCCACGCUGAAGGACCUGGAGUCCAUCGACCCCGAGUUCUACAACUCCAUCGUCUGGACCAAGGAGAACAGCCUGGAGGAGUGCGGCCUGGAGCUGUACUUCAUCCAGGACAUGGAGAUCCUGGGCAAGGUGACCACCCAUGAGCUGAAGGAGGGCGGGGAGAGCAUCCGGGUGACGGAGGAGAACAAGGAGGAGUACAUCAUGCUGCUGACGGACUGGCGGUUCACGCGGGGCGUGGAGGAGCAGACCAAGGCUUUCCUGGACGGCUUCAACGAGGUGGUGCCGCUGGAGUGGCUGCGCUACUUCGACGAGAAGGAGCUGGAGCUGAUGCUCUGCGGCAUGCAGGAGAUCGACAUGAGCGACUGGCAGAAGAACACCAUCUACCGCCACUACACCAAGAACAGCAAGCAGAUCCAGUGGUUCUGGCAGGUGGUUAAAGAAAUGGACAACGAGAAGCGGAUCCGGCUGUUGCAGUUCGUGACGGGGACCUGCCGCCUGCCCGUCGGAGGCUUUGCGGAGCUCAUCGGCAGCAACGGGCCCCAGAAAUUCUGCAUCGAUAAAGUUGGCAAAGAGACUUGGCUGCCCCGGAGCCACACGUGCUUUAACCGUCUGGAUCUGCCUCCCUACAAGAGCUACGAGCAGCUGAAGGAGAAGCUGCUGUACGCGAUCGAGGAGACGGAGGGCUUUGGACAGGAGUGACGGAGCUCGGUGCUUCUGCAGCUGCGCCCGGGACGGAGCUGCGUCCUCCCGCUCUGCCGCCGGCGCCGAGCCCUGCUCCUUUGCUCCCGCGCCGGCACCACCCCGGGAAAACGCGCCCGCCUCUCCCUGCCCGAGCAAACCCGAGGGGCAGAGGGGUGCACGAGCCCGGCUCCGCACAGCUAGCGGGAAUUGGGCCUUGGUGACCGCACCGAUGCUCCCUGUCCCCCCUCGCCGCACCGGGAAACGGGGAGUCGCGGGGAAUCGCUCCCGCUGGCUGCGGCAUGAGGCCGGUGCUGGCUCCCGCGGGGCCGGGGCGCUGCGCUCCCCUCCUGCCCCGAGGCCGGGCGGUGUCGGAGCUCGUCCCUCCCUGCCGGAGAAGGGGCGAGAAGCCUCGCUGCCGUGGGCGCAGUCCUGACCUCUCCCCUCUGCAAGCGGACAUAAACCAGUUCUGGCUAACGAAGAGCGAGUGAGAAUUUGGAGACAAACCCAGUCUAUUUUUCUGCAGUCUGUUUUCCCUCCUCCUGCCCCUUUUGCCCCGUGCCCUGUCCCUUGGCGAGGGGGCGGCCGGUCCCCCCUGCCCUGGCGGCUGUCCCUCCCUGGGCAGCAGCUCUGCCAGGAGUGCGAGUUUUGGAGCCUGGCGGGGACUUUUCCUAGGUGCAGUUCAAAUGUAUGUAUUUUUUUUUGCCUAGAUUUUUCUGCCUUCUCACGGCAUCUUAGUAGAUGGGAGUGAGGAGGGGAAAGGGCUCCAUCCUGCUCCCUCCGCUGUUUUAUUCCAGCAGGGCGCUGCAGGGAGGGGGGUCAGCGGAGACCCGGGUGCAGGAGCUGGCGCGGGGCCUUGGCGAGCGCAGGAUCAGCCCCUCUGCCCUGGGCCGGGUGCCCUGCCCUGGCUCCCGCCGCGGCCCCUGCGCGGGGUGCUCCCUGCGGGCCGGCGCGAGCACGCGCGCUGUGUAUAUACGUACCUGUACAUACGCGACCUCUAUGGAUACGGACUACGGCAAUAGCUUUUGAGGGAUAGUUUUGUACUGCACCAUCCUGCCUCGGUGAUGCCAAGUUCUCGUGCAAUAAAGGACAAGCGGCUGCUGUG